AUGGCGCCUUCCGCUGCACCCGCGUCAAAGGAAGAGCGUAUCGCUAUCGGUCGUCUUUGCAUUGAGGUGGCCCCUUCGAGUAAAAUCGCUUUCAUUAGUGAAACGCUGUGCAUUGGUUGUGGUAUUUGUACGAAAAAGUGCCCCUUCGAGGCCAUUAAUAUUAUCAAGCUUCCUACCAACUUGGAGAACGAAACUACACAUCGCUACAGCGCAAACAGCUUUAAGCUUCACCGUCUUCCCACUCCUCGUGCUGGUCAGGUCUUGGGUCUUGUUGGUACCAAUGGUAUCGGAAAGAGCACGGCAUUGAAGAUUCUUGCUGGCAAACAAAAACCCAACUUGGGUCGAUACGAUGAUCCUCCUGAUUGGACUGAGAUUUUGAAGUACUUCCGUGGCUCCGAGCUGCAGAACUUCUUUACCAAGGUUCUUGAGGACAACAUCAAAGCACUCAUUAAGCCCCAGUACGUGGACAACCUGCCUCGUGCACUCAAGUCUCGUGCUACUGUGGAACAGCUACUUGACAGCAAGUUGCAGCGCAACAACAAAGAUGAUGUUGUGGAUGCUUGCGACUUGAGGGCUGUCAUGGACCGCGAUGUUCACAAUCUGUCUGGUGGUGAGCUUCAGCGUUUUGCCAUUGCAAUGAGCUGUGUCCAGAGCGCCAAUAUGUACAUGUUCGAUGAACCUUCUUCUUAUUUGGAUGUAAAGCAGCGUUUGAAUGCUGCUCGUACUAUCCGCUCUCUUCUUGAUCCUGACACGUAUGUCAUCGCUGUGGAGCACGACUUGUCUGUGUUGGACUACUUGAGUGACUUUAUUUGCUGUCUGUACGGAGUUCCCAGUGUGUAUGGUGUGGUUACGAUGCCUAGUCCUGUUCGUGAUGGCAUCAAUAUUUUCCUUGACGGCUAUAUCCCGGCGGAGAACAUGCGUUUCCGUGAGGAAUCGCUCACCUUCAAGAUCGCUGAGACGGCCGACGACAGCGAAUUGGAGCGGAAUGCUAACUACACAUACCCGAAUAUGACAAAGAAGCUGGGCUCGUUCGAGCUUUCUAUUGAUGCAGGCAGCUUCACGAACUCGGAGAUCAUUGUGUUCCUCGGUGAAAAUGGUACGGGUAAGACGACGUUUGUCAAGAUGCUGGCUGGUAAGCUCGCCCCCGACACUGGCGCAGAGAAGCUUCCUCAGCUGAAUGUGUCACUUAAGCCUCAAACGAUCACACCCAAGUUCCAGGGCACAGUCCGCAUGCUUCUUCUUAAGCAGAUCAAGGCUGCAUUCAUGCACCCUCAGUUCCAAACCGACGUGGUCAAGCCCAUGAGUCUCGACAACAUUAUUGACCAAGAUGUCCAGACGCUCUCUGGUGGUGAGCUCCAGCGUGUUGCUUUGGUGCUGGCUCUCGGCAAGCCUGCUGACAUUUACCUGAUUGACGAGCCAAGUGCCUAUCUCGACUCGGAGCAGCGUAUUCAGGCCUCGCGCGUAAUCAAGCGCUUCAUUCUGCACUCUAAAAAGACUGCCAUGAUCAUUGAACACGAUAUCAUCAUGGCUACCUACAUGGCUGACCGUGUAAUUGUCUACGAAGGUCAGCCUUCGAUCAAGGCGCAUGCUCGCUCGCCUGAAUCACUGCUGACUGGUAUGAACUCCUUCCUUGCCACGCUGGAUGUGAGUAUGCGUCGCGACCCGACCAAUAUGCGCCCUCGUGUGAACAAACACAACAGUAUUAAGGACAAGGAACAGAAGGCCAGCGGUCAAUACUUCUUCCUGGAAGACUAA